AUGUUCUUUUCUCAUGGCCAGCGGCCUGCGUUGCGAUGCUCCACCCAUACCGUCCGAUCAGAUAGUGGUCGGGUCACAACGUACCCAAAACCUCUGGUGAACCUUAGGGAGCUGGAACAAGUAGUGGAAAGGGCGAAACUGCAGGGAGAAUACCGGACUGAAGCGGCCAAAGCCGAAGAAUGGGUCAUGAUUGUCAAACAAUUUUCUCAGAGAUCCUUUACAUACCAGGCGGACAAGAUGCCCGCGAUCAUGGGCAUUGUGUUAGAGUGGGAGACCCUGUUUAGGCAGGGUACGUACUGGGCCGGUCUCUGGUCCACGACGAUAACUAAGGACCUCAUCUGGAAAGCUCGUAGAGACUACUCUCCAAGGUCAACAUGCAAGUCGUAUGUUGCACCGUCAUGGUCCUGGGCAUCUCGUGCACAUCCCAUCUACUACCAAGCCUUGGGGGAGAUCAAUACUUUCGAAGGCGAGAGGUCAUUCAAGGUGGUCUUGUGCGAGGUAAUUCCCAUUCACAAGGACCUGCCCAACGGCGCGAUCAAAUCGGCCAAGUUGACUGUAAAGUGUAUCGCGGAGCUGGUUGACCUUGGGGACCCUGAAUCAGAGGAUGUUUCCUGCACGGUGUCAAGUGGGCCACCUCAACGCAAGGCCUCCAUGCUCCAGUCCGCAAAUGACAUUGGUAGACCUGUCUCACGAGCGCUUCUUCCAAGACUCCAAGACGCUAUUGUGAACACUCAUCUUCUGCCAAGGCGACCAGCGAUCAAAAAUGCGCCCGAUGACUUUGCAGAGAAUGAGCGAGAGCGCGAUGCAGAGCCUGCCCCCGUCCCGGUGUAUGAGCAAUACCCCAGCCCGGAAACCCACCAGGCAGCGCCUGUAGUCCCCCAAAACGCACACACGCAGCCUCAAUCGCCCCUUCCCAAGGACCAUCCCCAGCAGCAACAGCUCGCGCAGCUCCCAGCGCCGGGAUACUACCAGGCUGGGCCAGGGACGGGCCACCCGAGCGGGUACAACACCGCGACACCGCUGCACGCGCUGCAGCGUGGGCCGACGCCCGUUGACUGUCCCGUCUGCGGGCAGCGGGAGAUGACGCGCGUGGAGGCGCACUCGGGGAAGACAACGCAGUAA